AUUUCUUCCUUGUCAAAAUGGCCAAUGUCUUUGCUGUCCAAGUCUUUUUCAUCGUCUUUCGCGAGUGCCUCGAGGGGUCAAUCGUGGUCUCGGUGCUCCUUGCCUUUCUCAAACAGAGCAUGGGCCAGCCACACCAAGACCAGGCCAUCUACAAGCGCCUCGUUCGCCAGGUAUGGGCGGGUGCCAUCAUUGGAGUCUUUUAUGGACUGGGCCACGAUGUCUGGUCCAACGCAGAGAAGUUGUGGGAAGGCAUCUUUUUCUUGAUCGCGACCGUCAUUAUCACCAUCAUGGGGCUGGCCAUGUUGCGCAUCAACAAGACCAAGGAGCAGUGGCGCGUGAAAAUCGGCAAAGCCUUGGUAGAAAAGAGUAAGAACCCGAAAAAGUCCAUGUUGCUUGGUGACUGGGCCCGUCGCUACGCCAUGUUCAUCCUUCCAUUUGUUACCGUCCUGCGCGAGGGGCUCGAGACGGUCGUCUUUGUGGGUGGCGUCUCGCUCGGCUACCCAGCCACUGCUUUCCCCUUGCCUGUCUUCACCGGCGCGGUGACCGGGCUGGCGUGCGGCUAUCUCAUCUACCGCGGUGGGAAUGCCAUGUCCAUCCAGCUCUUUUUGAUUGCCUCGACAUGCAUCCUCUACCUACUGGCCGCGGGUAUGUUUUCCAAGGGGGUCUGGGAUAUCCAGUACUACCAGUUCCAGAGAGGGGUCGGGUCCGAUGUCGCAGAGUCUGGAAGCGGGCCCGGCUCGUACAACAUCCGCCAGACGGUCUGGCACGUCAAUUGCUGCAACGCAGAGACCGACAAUGGCUGGGACGUCUUCAACGCCAUUCUUGGAUGGGAAAAUACGGGCACGUACGGAUCCAUCAUUGCGUACAAUGUGUACUGGAUCUUUAUCAUUCUUUGCGUGGCCUACAUGCUCUGGGAGGAACGGUCGGGCAAGCGAUCUCUGCGCGAGCGCAUCUUGCUCGUCCUCGUCAAAGUGCCUGGUCUCACGUGGUACGCGAAGCCCAAGUUGGAAGUUUUGCAGCAGGGAUCGGAGGAAAUUACACGUGCAGUGCCUAGUGGACUGUUCAACGAGGAGCAGGUGGAGCAGCAAAUGGUGGAGAUCAAGUAGUGAGACACUGGGAAAAAAAGGGACGUGUCAGACUGUCACAGUUACCAUACGCACAAUACACGCUUAUCAGUGGAUCAGGCCAUAAAGAAGCGAGGCCAAGCAAGCUUAGCCAACCCCACUCCAAGUCUUGAUUUCUGCCGAGAGAUUGUCGCUUCCUC